ACUUUAAGCCAUUAGAUGUCAACUUCAUCCCAUAAAGUUUGGCUGAAAUCCUCAUUGUACCUGAAUUUCUGGAAAUCUCUCUUGAACCGUUCCUGGGACAGUGGAAUUACUUGGAAAACUUUACGUAACUUGUGGGAAAUUACUUGGAAAAAAAGGGUUUUUUUUACCGUUAUAUGUUGUGAAAAGAAAAAUCAUAUUUGUAUCACCACUCCCACCAUGACCACCUCCUCCUACCAAAUGGAUACUAAAUUAUUACUCUUCCUACUUCUUUUAAUCCACCCUGUGCUGUCGGUUGUGAUGACAUGGGGUCCCUGGGGAUCUCUUUCUGGCUGCUCGAAGACUUGUGGAUUUGGCACUGAAGAAAGGACACGCUAUGUUGUCGUCGACGGUAGGGAGGACGAGGAGAAAAAAGAAACUCAAAUAUCUCAAUGUUAUCUUACACACUGUCCAGUUGAUGGCAAUUGGACUUUAUGGAGCGGAUGGUCAGUGUGUACCAAGAACUGUGGUCCAGAUGGUGUCCAGAAACGAGUAAGGCUCUGUUCCGCACCAUAUCCUAGCUAUGAAGGUAAAGAUUGUACGGGACCUUCAUCAGAAACUAAGCCCUGUGAAAAUGAUCCAUGUCCCCAAGUACCUCCAGACUUUGACAUCAGUGUGUGUAAAAAAGAAAACAAAAGUAUAUUUAUAUGUAAUAGUGAGACUCACUGUAUUCCGAUGACAGAACGGUGUGAUAAAAUAUUACAUUGCAACGAUGGAAGCGAUGAACUCAGGUGUUGGUUAAAAUCUCAAAGUGCUAGCUUCAUGUCGUGGCAUUUAGUACAAGGCUUCUAUCUGACACUAUGGCCAAUGUUAACUGCACUCAUCCUGGCCAGCUGAUUCACCCCCACCCUCCUGCUAUUACUACUACUACUACUAAUACAACUACUACUACUACUGUCUGCAUCAAACACCUAUCAUCUCUCCCUCCCUCUCUCUCUCUUUCUCCCCCUCUUGCAAGCAAAAGUUGCCAGCAGCAGCAGCAGCGACAACAACAGCCAAUGGAUAACCAACCAACCAGCAGGAGCAGAAACAGUAAUCGGCCAAUCAAAUCAACCAACCAACCAACAACCGCAGCAGUAACAUCAAUUACAACAACAAAUAUGAUAAAAUAUAAAAAAGAAAUAAGGAACUGAAAAAUAAAAAAAAAAUAUCUGAUCAUUAUGCCAGUGAUGAUGAUGAUGAUGAUGGUAGUGAUGGUGGCCAUGGUGGUGGUGACAGCGAAGAGAGACAAAAAAAAAUCAGCUAUAAUAAAAAAAAAAUUGUUUUCUAAGACAGGCUCAAAGCCAUGAGUCUCGAACUAAAAAUAAUAAUAAUAAUAAUAGUUUUAUCUUUUUGCCACAAGAAUCUCUGCAAUGGGGUGGGUGAGGGGAGAAUCCAAAAUUAAUUAUGGGAAAAAA